CUACCCAUCACAAUGAAACAUGGCGUCGAUAUUGAUCACUGCGUCUGUGGCUGCUGGCGAUGAAGACGGUAAUUCUUCGCCAAAUCAAAGUUCUCAAGGCUCAAUACCAUGCCCUACCUUCCAGAGCUCACCUCUGAGAAAAGAACUUAGCCAUGGAAGUCAAUGGACAGGAGACGACCUGAAUAAAUUCGGUAUCAAAUACGAUUUGAAAGUAUCGGCACCACGGAAAAUCUUCGAGAUGAUCCAACCGCACAUUUCAAGGAAUAUCAGCAUUCCCCUUGUAUUCGAUACGGAUAGUCGGCACAUAACUAUGACACAGACUGUCUUCGACGAGAUUUUGGAUUUUGAUAUCGAUUCGUUUGAUCUUAUUAACAUCGUUGAACUUUCACUGAAGAGGAAUUUGGACAAGGAAAGUCGCACGAUUGGUGGAUAUAUUUUUUCAAGGAUUGAUAGUGUGAAGACGAACUUGCAGAAUAAAAGGUGCCUCGCGCAAUUAGAUACUUCUAGAGUAGAAUGGCUCCCGAUCUUUGAACGUAUCAACACCUUCCUGACGACACUGCAGUCCAUCCUAAGAAAGGCAUCAUCCCUUGAUAUUGAAAUAAAUGAGGGAACAUUUGUUGAUCUCUUCCAGGACUUUGCUAGGAUUUUCCUUGUUCAAUUCAAGUCUGCUGGAAUAAAACGGAAUUUUAAAAUGGGAGGAAUGGAUGUGGUGUCUGUGAAUGGUCUCCGUUAUGAUUAUGAUGACCAUCUGUAUGGCAGUGUUGAACUCCCUACUGUAGUGGUCACUGUUGCAGAGGUAAAGAAAACAGCAGUAAGAAAACGUUCACCUUCUGGAAGAAUAUUGCGCGCAUCAAAGAUGUCUAAAACUGAGGGAAGGCUUGAUGUUGGCAAUACUGCUGUUGCUGCUGCUGCUGAUGUUAGAGAUGGUGAGGAUGAUGAUGGUGAUGAUGUUCACUUCAGCAGUAAGUUACGUGGACAGCUAGGGAUAGAACUCUUGGCUGAUGUUGGUCGUUCCUGUUUGAAGGAGGUGAAUAACAGACGUAUGAUCCUUGGCUUGACAGUUGAGGUAACACUGAUAAGACUUACUUGUUUGGAUAUAGACAUGAGUAAAUUUAAGCAGAUGCAGGAGAAGCUACCCGAAGACAAUCCAUCUCAUGUUGGUGCUAUAAGUUAUACAAGAGCUUAUGACAUGUUAAAGAAGGAUGAUCGAAAGGAAUUGAUAUCCAUCUUGCGGUACUUAUUAUUACUAUCAAAUGACUCUGCUGCAACAUUUUGGCCCAGAAUGCCAUAGAUAAAGGGUCUUUGGAAGGUGCGCCAUAACCGGCCAGAUGAAAUGGAAUUUCCUUUUUUUGCUAUGCUUAUAAUUUUUUUAGAAGUUAUUGGAAAAAGUUGUGUAUCUCUGACCUUGGCUAUGAAAACCAUUUUGCAAAAAGGACAUUUGACACUGUAAUGAUGAAAUUAUUCCAUAGAACAUCAUGAAGGACAGCUUUGUGACUGAUCAGUGUGUGCGGUCCUUAACUGAGAGGUCAAGUCAGCUAGGAACUGACAACGGCCCUUUUUCUCUUUCCAUUGUAAAGUUUUUGAAAGUUUUCCCUCGAUUCAAGUCAGUAUGAAGAUCAGAUCCAAUACAUCUUGAUCAGAUUAGGUGGGUAGAUAGGAAUUUGUGUUGGGGAUUUACCAGUAGCAAAAAAAUCUAGUUGUCCUCUUUGAAUAUCAGUUUGUAAAAGUAUUGCAGUUACUGAUAAACUAUCCAGUAUUAACAAGAACACCACAGUCAGUGAAUGGUGUUGUGACGAUCAGUGAUCGUUUGUUAUUGCGAUCAGCUGACUUCUCCCUUGACCCGGUUUGACCCCGUUAUUGUAUUAUUAUUUCCGCGCCAAAAAAUUGUUUACUGAGAUUUUGCGAGAUGUUGGCGAGACUUAGGUAACACCCAUGGGCAUGUGUGUUCAAGACAGCACUUCGACUCCGUCCGCGAUUGAGUGAGGAUCGCCGCCGGUUCUGUACUAUUCUAUAGAUGACAACGCCCAGAAGUUCGUAGCGAGAUGGUUGAAAUGGUUGAAGCAGCGUUGAAAUGGUGGUAACGUUUUUAUGAUUGAUUCACGCCGUACUUUACCGAUAGAAUGGAAAAUGCCAUAAUUUUACCGGUGUGAAGCCUUUCACGCUUUACGUACAUUUGUAUACGGCCGAUGCACUGACCGUGUGUAUCGUGCUGUGUUUGUAAACGUAUCACCAGUUUGUGUCUUCCUCUCGCUAAUGUAUAGCUAUCUGUGCAUUUAAUUGACAUGGUUUUCUAUAGUUUGAGAAGGGGUCUAAAAGGGGGGUGUAUUAAUGUUUGAAGGUGCAUUCUGGUCUUUGCGGACCAGGUGCUUCGAAUAGGCUCGCGUAGAUCAGGUCGACCUGAGCAACUUUCCACUCCACUCUUUUAGGCCUAUUUUCGAUGAAUGGGCUGUAAUGUUGUUGAUUCUCGGUUAGAAUGAAUCGUUAUCGUUUAGUAUUUUAGUCCAUUGGUGUUAUUGGACAUACUCGAACCUGUUAUAUAGACUUUAAAAAUUAUAGACCGUGCGAACGGAUUUCUGGAAAACCAUUAUAUAAAACCCAGUUGUAUUUUGGGACUAAAAAGAUGUUGUGUUAACCCACGGUUUUAAUCUGUGUAUGUUGACUUCAGGUGACUGUUUGAUAGUUAUAUUGUUAGAAGCCAGUGGGUGUGAUUCCAUCACUGUCUCUCCGCUUACGCCAGAAGCCGUGUUGACGAUUUGGACGAAUCCGCCCUGCAGAGAUCGAGAAGGACGAGGCCUUGCUGUUGACGUCCCUCCCCGUUUAUAGAAUACCCGUGGCGGUAUAGUAUUCUUAAUUUACUGGCUAGUUUAUUGUUACGACCUGCCGGCUAGUUAGGACUAGUCUGUUGCCAUCUGGGCAGAACCGGUUGAGUCGAAGUCAUUUAUAUAGUCCUAGCUAGCGGUCAGGUUGCUUCAGUCAGCCCGAGUCAAUGUUACAGACUGUUUGUGUUGUAGCACGCUUUGAGUUGUGAGAAGCAUUUUAGUAUAUAUCCCUUAGCGGAAAAAACUUGUAUUGAUAUAUUCCCCUUGGCGGGAAGAUAAUUUGAUAUAUAUAUAUAUAAUCUACUACGCCCUUCUACUGACGUUCCGGGCUGGAAGACCGAAGUCUGCAAUCAAACACGAGACGGAGGAUAGCCUGUUGUAGAUGCCGGAGAAGAGACACCGCAAUCGUGUGUAAAACUAGUACGGAGCCGCUGGCUCUAGGCUGAAGCAUUUACAGCUGUAGUGAAUUGUAGGUAUCUUAUGAUAGCUUGUACCAUAUAAAUAUACAGUCCUCUUCAUAAAGUAAUUAACCUCUGGCAUAGUUCUUAUCGUCAUCUUGUCAAUUCGUUGAUCGCCAGAACAAAUGGUGACGACUUGUAGAACUAUGUACAUGUUCUUUAUAAAUAUUCUAUCGGGCUGUGAAAUGCUCUCAGUGACAGACACUUAACUUUCAAUCUUAAAGCUGACAUGCAUGCAUAAAAACCUUAGCGAGCAAGUAAGAAAACACUAACGACCGUCCGCCAUGUUUUAAACGCCCUCAGAUACGAUAGACUACCAGCAGGCCGCAGUGGCGCUACCGUAUUCACUAACAGAGCGCUGGAUGUGGAGCAUCGAAAUGAGCAUCAUUUCACAUUAUUACUAUAUUUUACCCUAGCGACCUCACGCGACAGUUGUAAUAAGUCAAAUGCCUUGUCAUCAUACAGGACCUCAAAACACGCAUGGUUUUGAUAUUAGCAAAGAGGGAAAGUGUUUUGCAUCUUAAAAACUUGAAAUAAACAGGUGCAUGCUCCUAUAAUCAUAGCAGCUUGUCUUAUAAUGUUCCGUUUAUGAAUCUUAUUGUUUUACUUUGUCAAUGGGCAAUUUCCAAGGCCAUUUUGAAACUGAAAAACAGAUGGCAAAACAACAUCCGUCUGUCAAGCCUUCACGCGAAAACAAAGCCUAAAAAUAUAUGUCCUCAUUCCACAACGGCUUCAUGGCACAGUAGGUAAGACAGUAUGUAGUGGCGGUCAAGGGCAGAAAGUCUUGAGUUCGAACCCGCUCGAGGAAUAAUAUUUUUCUUUUUUCUUUUCACCUGAUCGCCUCUGUGACCUGUCUGGUCAAUGGACUUGUCGUUUGUGCAGUGAAGUGAGACCUGUCACUGGGUGUCUAUCAUGUUUCAACUGAAGUGUUUUGGCGUUUGUGUUUUCGGACUCGGCCGCUUGGGUUUUUUAUGCAUGCAUGUCAGCUUUAAAGUUGUGAAAAAUGAACUAAAAAUAUUAGAAGGGGUUGGUUUUGGGGGCUUAGUUAGUAUUUUCUAUAUAUUCUAUCUAUUAUCAUUCAUGUAUAGGUUCUUUAAAUUUUGUCAUGCUUUAUAUGUUGUGUCAUGUAAUACUAUGUGUGUGUGGGUUUUUAAGGUGAAAGUUGUGCAGCAAUGCGGUAUCCAUGAUGUUAAAUACAAAUUUCUUCACUCUAAGGAAUUUCUUCUUUCUUAUCAGGUCAAAUCUAUGCAUCUUUCUGACCGGUGCGAAUCUGACACAAGCGAUGAAAUUUUACUAUGGUUAUUAUUAGGAUUGUCUUGACAUGUAAUAUAUUUUUAGAGACUAGACUUUUAAUAGGCCAAUCUACAGCAUAUAUUUCGUUUAACUUCCAACUAAGGGUAGCACAGCUGGUAGCAUCAUCACCUAGCAUGCACUUCUUAGACUAUUUUCUGAGGUAGCGCUCUGGUUAGUAAGCACCUAAGAAUCUACAUGUAUUUACUGUUAUGUAAUUUAAGAGCUUAACACAUUAUUCAUUGUCUUGUCUUGUUUUGUUUUGUAUUGUAUUAUAUUGCAUUGCAUUAUAUUGUUAUUCUGUAAACGUCUAAAAAAGCAAUGAAAGCUGCUACCGUACCCUUCGUUUAGGGGUCAGAAGCAGGAAAAAAAUGGGCUUAAGUUCUGUACAUCAUAAAAACAUUUGUACUUCUGGGAAUCUAAUGGAAGUUCCUGGUAUUGGCAUUUGCGAAUAUUGCAAAUUUUUGUUUUGCCAGUGCCACCAAUUGUGCACUAGUACCAUGGUUCGAUCCAGGGCCGCAUAAAGCAUUGGUGGGAGGCAACUUUCUUAAAGAGCACAACUUUCUCCAAAGACGACCUCGAAAAUUGUGUUUCUCAUACAGAUUGCAGCAUUUUCGGGGCGAAAAGCGGUGUUCCCCAAUCCACUCAGAGAGCCAGCUGCUCCAUCCAGGACCAAAAGUUGAAUACGGCCCUGCAUGAUAUCUGACCACAAUGAUGUAUUUUUAGCUCAGCUGACUAAGUCAGACGAGCUUGUCAAAUAAGUUGUUCAGUGGCGUCCGUCUGUCCAUCCAUCCAUCCAUCCAUCCAUCCAUCCGUCCGUUAAACCCAUGGUGCACAUUUUGUAACCGUAAGACCUAGAGACUUCAAUUUUGCAUUUCUGGAUACUUCUGGUCAAACUCUACUUUCAAAACAAAAUUUGUCGCCAUUCGACCUACUUCCUGCGAGCGAGAGUGCAUGAAGGAAACUGGCCUAUAUCGGCCUAGGAGCAGCAGAAUUAGUCGAAAUAUGCUCUAAUAUUAAGAUAAAAUUCUUGAAAAUCUAUUUUAUUGAGAAAAAGUUCAAAAUUUUAACAGGAGAGGGCGCUACCUGCCUUUUAAUUAUUUCUGCCGAUUCAAAUUCCCGCCCGAUGACGUCAGCCAUCAAUGAAGUCUCCUAUUUGCCAGUUCUCAAAACAUGGCAGCUACACAACAAAAGCAGUAGCUCCAGGAAUAAAUCACUGUUCACUUCAGCUUCGUAAUCGAUUGUACCCCCACUUUAUUGUGUUUUGUGUGGUGUUCCUAUUCAAUCAACGAUGUAAGGCCUUAUUAUGUUGGUUUUAAUUGAGAAGGUGCAUUAUAAGCGGCGUACGAAAUACCGAAGCGGAGACAAAAUGGCGGCAUGUUGUUUACGAUAUGUGCAAUAAUCUUGGAGCUCAAUGACACUCAAGUACCCAAUUUUCUGCUUAAAAAGUAGUCUGGUAGGCGAUAUUAUCACUAGUUCGUUUCAGUGGUAGUCGUAAGGUCUUUAGGGACUAAAUUCAGAAAUUAGUUCUUGAAUAUUUGGCGACAUUUCUGUGAAAACGAUAUCGGAAGUGCAUGCUCUGUUCGCGAUGACAUCGCCGAUGUAUUUUGAAGUGGAGAAUUCCCACAGUAUGUGCAGUGAAUCGGCAUGAUUCUGUUCGCCUAUUAUGUUUUAGUUCUACGAUUCUUUCAUGAGUAAAAAGUAGACAUUCUAAGCAAUACAAUAAUGUCACUCCCAUAAAAAUUGAUUGGAAAUUGAGGGAGCUACGGCAUUCUCUUCGGCAACUGGCAGCGCUGAAAAAAUACAUUGCAUACUGUACAAUACCAAAUGGCACAUUUUAAAAAGCGCUCAUUGGACAACGUAGGGAAUCACCAGAAAUGACGUCAUCGCUGGUCUAAAUAGAAAACUACGGUGGCGCAGUAGAGCACUAGAAAAGGUUUAGCAUUAACUUCGUCAUGCAAGCUUCAGCAACAAAACGAUUUCUCAUGAAUGAUUUAUUUGAUCAUCAUCAGCUUGUUUCCCCUGAUAGAUAAAAAAAUGAUUUACAAUUUCCAUCAAAGUUUUCUAUUUUUUUGUAUAGUCACAUGUUAUUUAACAGGCAAGGAGCCAAGCAGUUUUGAAUAUUCGCGGGAAAAUACUUCGUACUUGUAAACGAGGCUAUGACAAUGAGUAUCCUCAUUCAUGGCAUAAACUUCAUGUUUCGGUAAAUACUUUCAUGCGAUGAUUUCACCCGAAUUAUGGUCAGGAUUGAGGAAUGAACAGUGGCAUAAUUAUGUCAACCAAAAACAUUGGUACCGUAGUGAACGCAAAAGGAUAUCAAAUACCAUGGAGCAUGCCAUUUUCAUGCAUAAUGAACUAAACACCGGGAAGAUAUUAAUGAUAUUAACUCAGCUGAGCGCCAGGCCCUUGGGCCUCUUGUUUAGCCUAAUUUGAUGCAUUAUGCAUUGGAUCUGCCUAUCAGGCAUGUCAAUUCUAAUUGGUCUUCUGAAUGCAUGUAAGUGGGAAGAAUAAAAAAAUAUCCUCUUGUGCUCUAAAAUUAUCAGUCCGUUGUAAAUAUUGACAAAUAAUAUUAAUAACUAAUUAUGGUACCCAUCCAAGUGUUUGUUAUUUUUUAUUUAUGGCUGAGUCUGCAUUUCUACAGGCUGUC